CUCCUUUCUACCGCAAAGCAGAAGCAGCAGCAGCAGCAGCAGAAAGAGAGAGCUCCUACUCGCCCUUCCCCGCCGCCAAAUCCAUCGCGUGAUCUCUGAUCAACCCUGCGAUUGAUCCACUCGCCGUCAGCUCCAAUCGGGAAAAAUAAGAUUGUAUUCAUUUUCCCCCAAAUCGAUAAGUGAUAAGCUAGGAUUCAUCGAGGAGGAAUUCAUAGUCGAGAUGGCCACAGUACUUACUAGUGCCAGUAGCCCUCUGAACUCAUCUAUUCCGAUCCAGGAAGCAAGUAGCAGGAACAAGAGGAAGUUCCGAGCUGAUCCGCCUCUGGCAGACCCGAAUACGGUCGCUGAUGCAUUGCAUAUGGAGUUGCCGGACUACGAGUUGUUCCCAACGGAGAAAAGUACUGAGAUUCCCAUCGCCGAACACAACCAUGCAGGCAUCUGUGAUGUGUGUAGGACUCAUAUGUUUGGGCACAAAGAGGGGCUGGAGUUGGAUGAAUUCCAGGAUGUCGAUUGGAGUUGCCUCACCGAGUCCCAGCUCGAGGAGAUCUUGUUGAGUAAUUUGGAUAUGGUCUUUAGGACCGCGAUUAAGAUGAUCACUUCGCAUGGGUACACCGAGGAAAUUGCCACAAAUGCUGUGUUGAGCUCAGGGCUCUGUUAUGGUUAUAAGGAUACAGUUUCUAAUGUUGUGGACAAUGCAUUGGUUUUCCUGAGGAGUGGGCAAGAGGUGGAUUCUUCUCGUAGGGAGAAUGUUGCUGAGGAUCUGAAGAAGUUGGAGAAAAGUGUGUUGGCCGAUAUGAUAAGUGUGCUUAGGGAUGUCAGUCCUUUCUUUAGUACAGGUGAUGCAAUGUGGCACUUGCUGAUGUUCGAUGCAAAUGUCUCCCAUGCUUGUGCGAUGGAUAGCAAUUUGUUGAACACAGUCAUAUAUGAUGAAUACUUGGGCACUUCUACUGGUUCCCAGUUGGAAUCAGGGUCAGUCUCUAAUAACACCUCCCCUUCAAUAAACACCGAAACAAAUGUUCAAGGGCCUGAGAAGUUGAAUCGCAUCAUAUCUUGUCCUGAGAACAUGCAGAAAUCCAACACUGCAAAAGUGGUAGGGAUCCCGAGCCUACCUUGUGGAAGGUUCUCUGCAUCAAAUGAGGAUGGCAUGGGCCCAAAACCUAAACCUGUGAAGGAAAGCUUGAUUUCGUCAUAUAAUCAUGCUCAGGAAUCUUCUAUUGUUGUUUCUCGAUCUUCACAGGAAGAGAAGCCUGUUGGCAGUAGAAAGGUCCAUGUAGGUAGUUCUAAAAGAGAAUUUGUCCUCCGACAAAAGUCAGUUCACUUUGAGAAGAGCUAUCGGUCCUUGGGUUCUAAAGCAGCUUCAAGAGCAUGUAAACAGAGUGGGCUUAGUAGCCUAAUUUUAAAUAGGAAAUGCAAUCCAGUAUCGGAUUCCGCAAGCAUAAGUUUGAAGAGCUCCUCAUUAAAGAUUGGGAAAGGUGCAGGAAUCAACAAAUCAACAGCAGAUGCUAACCUUAACCUUUCUUUUAGUGAUGGACACUCAUCUAGUCCAUCAUGCAUCGCAAAAGAAAUUAGCAGUCAGUUACCAGCAUCUAGUACAAAUACUGAACUUUCUUUGUCACUACCUUCUGAGAGCAAUGCUGGUGUUAGUCUUAAGCAGGAACCUAACGUUAAUGCUGCAAAUUAUAGCAAUAAUAGCCCAAUCCAUUCUGAUAUUAUGUGCAGAGAUUGGGUCCCAGAGGACAAGAAGGAUGAGAAGUUGCUUGUAUUAGUUCCCCUAAUGCAUGAACUCCAGGCGCAGUUGCAAGACUGGACUGACUGGGCUCAGCAAAAAGUGAUGCAGGCUGCCCGAAGGCUGAGCAAGGAGAAGGCUGAGCUGCAAACGUUGAGACAGGAAAAAGAAGAAGUGGCUCGUCUCGAAAAGGAGAGGCAAACUUUGGAAGAAAAUACCAGGAAAAAGCUUGCUGAGAUGGAACUUGCAAUAUCAAAGGCAAGUGCCCAGGUUGAAAGGGCUAACGCUGCUGCCCACAGGCUUGAAUUUGAGAACACUCAGCUAAGGUUGGGAAUGGAAGCUGCAAAAUUACGUGCUGCAGAAUCAGCAGCCAAUUGUCAAGAAGUUUCAAGAAGAGAGAUGAAGACUGUUAAAAUGUUCCAGUCAUGGGAAAAACAGCAAGUCCUGUUUCAGGAGGAGCUUGCAACUGAAAAGCAUCAACUGUCUCAGCUGCAGCAGCAACUUGAACAAGUCAAGAAGCUUAGAGAUCAAUCAGAGGCUAGGUGGAGACAAGAAGAGAAGCUGAAGGAUGAUACACUCACAGAAGCCAAUGCUGAAAGAAAAGAACGGGAACAGCUUGAGACUUCUGCAAAAUCACAGGAAAAUGCAUUAAAAUUGGAAGCAGAAAAUGUUUUGCAAAGAUGUAAAAAUGAUAUCCGUAGACUUGAACAGCAGAUUGCACAGUUACGGCUAGUCACACACUCGUCAAAUAUUGCUACACUGAGGUGGGGAACAGAUAAAAGUUAUGCAUCCCGCCUUUCAGAUGGAAAGAGAAGUAACGACUCGUAUGUAUUGGCCAAGAUCAUGGAUACUCAGGACUUGGCAUCUGAAGACCUACAGCGUGAACGCGAAUGUGUUAUGUGCCUAUCAGAGGAGAUGUCGGUUGUCUUCCUUCCCUGUGCUCACCAAGUUGUUUGCACAAAAUGCAAUGAGCUUCAUGAGAAGAAGGGUAUGAAAGAUUGUCCUUCUUGUAGGACCCCUAUUCAGCGGCGGGUCUCUGUUUGCUCGACUGACUAUCAGCUCGAACAUGUCUUCUGAGCUAAAGUUUCGGAAUAAUAAUUUGUGGCUUGGAAAUGAAUAAGGCAUGAUAAACAAAGGACAUUGGCUAUGAAAAAUCAUUUGCAAUGAAUUAUCAGCUUUAUACAGUCCUAUAUUAAACAUGUAGCUUACGAUAGUGUUUCUUUUCUUAUUUUUCAUACAUGAAUCAGGAAGAUUGUGGGUUUUGGUCAAUCUACAUGGAACAUCUGCGUUGGUUUUUAGUCA